AGAAAUUCAGAAGUUGUCGAGUGCACGAUUAUAAAAUUAAACAAAUUUCAUUCAUUAAUAUUGAAUUUCUAGAUGCAUCUGGGAAGUUGUAUAAUACUACUAUGUUUGGGACAUGUUUAUGUUCCAACAAUGCUGUUAGUAGAUACAGCCGACGACGAUUCGCAGUCCAGGGACUCAGAGACGUGGGAUGAGUUUCAAAGAAGCCACGAAACAGCAUUCACAGCGGGCCAAAGUAACUACUACUGUGGAAGUUCAAGCAGAAGUAACGACCCCGACGACGAACUUGUGAUUGUCGGGUCAAGUAAAUCGGAUGAAAUCAGAUAUUUCAAUCCUGUCGACGAAUUUUGGCAGUACGAAAAGUGUAGGCAAUUGAACUUGCAACCAGAGGUUUAUUUCCAAUUUAAUCGACCGGUGAAAAUUCUCAAUUCACCGUUGCAAUGGAUUGACGUUGUUCCAGACGGGAAUUGUUUUUACAGAGCGUUGUCGUAUUGGGUGUCUGGCACGGAGGACAAUCAUCUUGCCAUUCGACUACGUGUAUUGGAAAUAGUAAGGACCGAUCAACGUAUUUUGGAAUUUCAAGGAGAAGAAAAUUAUCGUGAACACUUAAUUUGGUUAUCACAAAACUCUUGGGCGACCGAAGUGGAAAUUGUCGCAGCCACUCUUCUCCUAGACACACCGAUAUAUGUGUAUUCGCAACGAAAUCGCACCUGGGACUUAUUUGACCAGAAUAAAAAAUCCAAAGGACCGCUGACGAAAACGGACAAGUGCAUUUACAUUCAGCAUAUUUUGGGAGUACAUUAUAAUUUGGUGACGGACGUGAUAUCCGAUCAGGACCUAGCUGGCGAUGAUCCAGAUGCCAUAAACUCAAGGAUGUGGGAUGAGUAUCGAAGGACUUAUCUGCACAACCAAGCAGGAUUCGCUGGCGAAAGCACUGGUAGUAAAAUUGACGACCCCGAUGACCGGCUAUUGAUGGUCGGGUCGAGUACAUCAGAUGAAGUCGGUUAUUUUAAUCCUGUCGAUCAGUUUUGGCAGUACCAAAUGUGUAGACAAUUAAAAAUGGAUCUCGAGAAUUAUUUCCAAUUCAAUCAAGUGGUGAAAAUUCUCAAUUUUCCGUUGCAAUGGGUCGCGGUCACACCAGACCAAAACUGUUUUUACAGAGCAUUGUCUUUUUGGGUGUCUGGCACCGAGGAUAAUCAUCUUAUCGUUCGACUACGUGUAUUAGAAAUAGUAAGGACCGAUCAACGUAUUAUGGAAUACCUAGGAGAAGAAAAUUACCGUGCACACUUAAUUUGGUUAUCACAAAACUCUUGGGCAACAGAAGUGGAAAUUGUCGCGGCCACUCUUCUCCUAAACACACCGAUAUAUGUUUAUUCACAACAAAAUCGCACUUGGGACUUAUAUGACCAGAAUAAAAAAUACAAAAGCCCGCUGGCGAAAACGGACAAGUGCAUUUAUAUUCAGCAUAUUUCUGGAAUACAUUAUAAUCUAGUGACGGAUGUGGUGUCCGAUCAGGACCAAGGAUAUAUGUCGAAUCCUGCGAGUGCAGCAGCGCCUGAUCGUGGUAUAGAAAACCCUGUGUCAAUCGAAAGAAGUCAACAGGAAGAAUUCAGAAUGUUUUACCCUGUCGACGAGGCUUGGCAAUACGACAAGUGUUUCAAAUGGGAUUUGACACUGGAAAAGCCUUUCAAGUAUAUCCAAAUGCCAACAUUUCUCAAUACUCCGAAGAAAUGUGUUAAAAUGCAGAGAGACAAAAAUAGUUUUUUCAGAGCAAUUUCUUAUUGUGUGACCGGUACAGAAAUCAAUCAUCAAAUCUUUCGAAAAUAUGUAGCUCGAGAAAUCCUUUUUAAUCGUGCUAUUCAAAAACUAUACAAAGAAAACGAGUUCAUAAGCUGUAAUAUACAAAAUAGUGAGUAAAAAAAUAGUAUACAAGUCGAUACUC